AUGACUGAAUUUCUCAAUUACGAGGUCACGCUACAGUUCAAAGACGGCAAUAGCACCCGCGGCGUUAUCUCUCAUGUGGAUGGGUCGCUGAUUACGCUUGGUAACCACAACUACCCGAAUGUCCAGAUCAAAGACUUGAAGGUGAAUAAGUUACCCGCAGACUUUGGCAAGGAUCUGAAGAAGAAGAAAAAGAAGCCUUUGGAGCAAAUAGAUGACGCCAUUGUCUCGGCUUCCAAAAGCACUAGCAAAAACACCACCAGAAGCGCCACUCCUAAGAACCGUGAGUUUGUUCAGGCAGAAUGGCCUUCAAGUGUCCAGGACAUCAAGAGCUCAGAAGAGUUUGACUUUGCUGCAAACUUGGCGAUGUUUGAUAAAGCAUCCAUUUUUGCAGACUUCCAGAAGAACGACAAAGUCAGCGUUCAAGACAGGCUCGUGGGACACAACAAGAAGGACAAUGUCAAGCCUAAGAAGCCCUCUCAGAACGACAAAUUCGAGAACGAUGAGAUGGUCAUUCCAGCUGGUAAGCAGGAUAACUGGAACAUGCUUGGCUCAUCUACAAAGAGACUUGCUCUGCCAUUAGAAGGAUCUAGAGCAAACAGCAUACCAUCUCUUCUAGCCAGGGAACUGUUUUCCGCCAAGCCACACAAAUUUGUGUUUUCUGACAGCUCUACUGCUCCUACUGCCUCUCCUGUGCAGCUUCUUGAAAUUGAGAGAAUUGCCAAUGAGACCUUCGCCUAUGAUCAACGUGCAAUGAUCGAAGCCACCGGCAUCAAUCUUUACAACUUGGUGGUCAAAGAGAUUCUUGGCGGCUCUGUCCGUCUCAGCAACAGAAAAAACCACAAUUUGCCACCAUUGGUCUUGUUAUUGAUUGGUAAUGGUAGGUCAAGCAGCCGUGCAUUUGCGCUAGGGCGUCAUUUGACUAACCAUGGUGUUCGUGUAUUGGCCUACGUUAUCAACGACAGCGACUUGGACGAUGAGACCCGCAGAGAAUCUGAGCUCUUUGAAAAGUUUGGCGGUAAGUGCAUUUCGGCAGAGUUUGCUGUGUUGUUGGAUAUUUUGAACAACCAGCUUGAAACACCAGUUGAGUUGAUCAUUGACGCGCUCCAAGGCUUCGAAGGCCAUCUUCUCGAUAUGUUCUACUCAGAAGAGAAUCUCAAUACGCUCAAGGAGCUUUCAAGCUGGGUCAAUGAACCUAAACAGAGAUCUCGCGUCCUUUCACUCGACAUUCCCUCAGGCAUAGAUGGCGGCUCUGGAACCGUUCUAGAGACCGACCUCCUUUUCCACAGUCGCUAUGUGGUCUCCUUGGGCUUGCCCAUUAGCGGCUUACUUCAUGCAUACAACAACAGAAUAAUAGGCGGCGGCCAUGACGAGGUGUCGCACUAUGUGGUUGAUGCGGGCAUACCAAACGCCUUGUACAACACGCGAGCCGGUUUGAGAAAGUUCGACAAGUUCUGGUACUGUGCCGAGCUGUACUUGCGUGUGGGAGUCGCUGAGCAGUAG